CUUCCUGUUCCAGACCAACAUAAGGGGCUGGGAUGGCUGGAGCUGUCGGAGCUCACUGAGGACCCACAGCCAUCACAGAGCCCCGCCAGAUCUGCCCGAGAUGAAGCUGUCCCUGCUGCUUGCCCUCCUGGGGGCCGUCUCUGCUCAACAGCUCCAUGAGGGCUCCCCAGAGCAGGAGGUACCAGCCGAACAGGGCGAGGAGGAGCCUGGGGAGCCAGAGCCACCGUGCCCCACGGAGAGCGAGAGCUUUAGGAUGAUAGUGCCUGGCCAGGAGGGGCACACCUGUCGCUAUGUGAUUGUGAACGAUUGCCAGCCAUUUUGGAGAGCCCAGAAACAGUGUGCCCGCUGCUACCACGGCCGCCUGGCCUCCAUCCACAACCGUGCAACCAACCAGCGUCUGCAGAGCAUGGCACGUACCCGCACCAACCGGGGCCAGGUGUGGAUUGGGGGCUACACCUACCGCUGGUUCUUUCGUGUUUAUCCCCGCUGGGUCGACCACAGUCCCUGGAACUACUCCAACUGGGCCAAAGGGAACCCCUGGCGCUUUUGGAAAUCGUGUGUCGCCCUGUGCACUGUAGGUGGUCAAUGGAGCAGCGUCAGCUGCGGGACACGCCUGCCCUUUGUCUGCGAGUACUGAGGGGGCUGCUCCCCCAACGGGGUCCCACUGCCCCCACCGCUCUCCUGGCCUGGGACCCCCACUCUGCCCUGCCAGAGGUGCCCCUGCUCCCUGGACUCGGCUUUGCUCCCAGCCUUGCCC